GCCGGGCCCUGACUGGCGGAGCCGGGGGCGGCUCCGCGGGGCGGGGCGACUCGUCCCAGAGCGCCAUGGCCGCCCUGCGCGCCCUGCUACCCUGCGUCCGCGGCCCGCUGCGCCCCCGGCUUGGCUGCGCGGCCCUGCGCGCCUUCGCCUCGGGUGCUGACUUUCAGUACCUCGUCACAGAAAAGAAGGGGAAGGACGGCAACGUGGGGCUGAUCCAACUGAACCGCCCCAAAGCACUCAACGCGCUCUGCAAUGGCCUGAUCAUGGAGCUCAACCAGGCACUGGACGCCUUUGAGGAGGACCCCGCUGUGGGGGCCAUCGUCCUCACGGGUGGGGAGAAGGCAUUUGCAGCUGGAGCUGACAUCAAGGAGAUGCAGAGCCGAACGUUCCAGGACUGUUACUCCAGCAUGUUUUUGAGCCACUGGGACCGACUUGCCCGGGUUAAGAAGCCAGUCAUAGCUGCUGUCAAUGGCUACGCCCUUGGUGGCGGCUGCGAACUUGCUAUGAUGUGUGACAUCAUUUAUGCCGGAGAGAAAGCCCAGUUUGCGCAGCCGGAAAUCCUACUAGGAACCAUCCCAGGUGCAGGGGGCACCCAGAGACUGACCCGUGCUGUUGGAAAGUCACUGGCCAUGGAGAUGGUCCUCACUGGUGACCGGAUCUCUGCCCAGGAUGCCAAGCAAGCAGGUCUUGUAAGCAAAAUUUUUCCUGUGGAGACACUGGUCGAAGAAGCCAUCCGGUGUGCGGAGAAAAUUGCCAGCAAUUCCAAAAUCAUAGCAGCAAUGGCCAAAGAGUCUGUGAAUGCAGCUUUUGAAAUGACAUUAACAGAGGGAAACAAGUUGGAGAAGAAGCUCUUCUAUUCAACGUUCGCUACUGAAGACCGGAAGGAAGGGAUGACUGCAUUUGUGGAAAAGAGAAAGGCCAGUUUCAAAGACCAGUGAGCGCCUCUGUCUCCGCCUUGAAGUCUCUACUUAAAGAGAGAAAAUACAGUCUGACAGUUGUAGAAGCAAAUCAGUCCUUCUCUUGUAAAGGGCUGUGUGGGGGACACUCAGCUCCUCGGGGCUUGUGCUCUCAGUGGUGGGCAGUCUGAACCCAGCGGCCGUGAGAAUCGGCACUUGGAGUGUGUUCACGUCCUGACUAAGCAUAUUCUUCUUAAUCAGAUUCUGCUCAGGACGCCGGGGGGCUCAGUCGGUUGAGCGUCCGACUCUUGAUUUCAGCUCAGGUCACGACCUCACAGUUCAUGAGACCAAGCCCCACGUCGGGCUCUGCGCUAACAGCACAGAGCCUGCUUGAGGUUCUCUGUCUUGAGGGUCUGUCUCUCUCUCUCUGCCUCUUCACCCUGCUUGCGCGCACACACUCUCAAAAUAAACUGAAAAUAAUUCUGCUCACGA